AUGAAUGAGCCACUCAUGGAUUGGACGAAUGUUUCUGAUUUCCCCAAUGUCACAGCUGCUUUUAGAAAUUGCAAUGAUGAAAAAAUCCCACUCAAGAGUCACUACCUCCCCCUUCUAUAUAGCCUCAUCUUCCUGGUGGGCUUUCCUGGGAAUGCGGUAGCCAUUUCCACCUAUGUCUUUAGAAUGCGUCCCUGGAAGAACAGCACCAUCAUCCUACUGAAUCUGGCCUGCACAGAUCUGCUAUAUCUGACUAGCCUUCCGUUCCUGAUACAUUAUUAUGCAGGUGGUGAGCACUGGAUCUUUGGGGAGUUCAUGUGCAAGUUCAUCCGCUUUGGCUUCCACUUCAACCUGUACAGCAGCAUCCUCUUCCUCACCUGUUUCAGCAUCUUCCGUUACUUUGUGAUCAUUCAUCCCAUGGCCUGCUUUUCCAUUCACAGGACGCAGUGGGCAGUGGUGGCCUGUGUGGGGGUAUGGGUGAUCUCCCUGGUGGCCGUCAUUCCCAUGAACUUCCUCAUCACAUCCACCACCAGGACCAAUCGAUCUGCCUGUCUGGAUCUUACCAGCUCGAAUGACCUUCUCACCAUCAAGUGGUACAAUCUGAUUUUGACCACCAUCACGUUCUGCUUCCCCCUGGUGAUAGUGACACUUUGCUACGCAAUGAUUAUCUACACCUUAACCCAAGGACCUCAGACUCACAAUUGCCUUAAGCAGAAAGCUCGAAGGCUCACCAUCCUCCUCCUCCUUGUGUUUUAUAUAUGUUUUUUACCUUUCCAUAUCUUGCGGGUCAUUCGAAUUGAAUCUCGCCUGCUCUCCAUCAGCUGCUCCAUUGAGAAUCAGAUCCAUGAAGCUUACAUUGUUUCUAGACCCUUAGCUGCCCUCAACACCUUCGGAAACCUGUUACUCUAUGUGAUCGUAGGUGAUAACUUUAAGCAGGCCGUCUGCUCAAUGGUCAGAUGCAGAGCAACUGGGAACUUAGAGCCAGCAAAGAAGAUGAGUUGCUCAAACAACCCUUGA